UGUUGACAAUUCUUGGACCCCGCAUGAUUGGUCGGACUUUCUUGACUGACAGAUAUCUGCUGGAUUGAGGAUUGGAACGCUCAGACGCUCAGCGAACCUGCAACAGGGGCGUUUCUGGUCGCCUCAAGGCGCAAGAGUUUCUAGGUUUGUUGUAUUGUUGCGAGGUUUUUGCCAUCAUUACGAGAGCUUUUCCUGCAAAACGGUACAGAGUAGACUACUCCGUACCAUAGCUCAUAAAAAUAUUGAAGCAUGUAAGAGGCGCUGGUUUUGGUUAUGAAGAAACAAGAAAACACCGCUCCGCGAGGUUCCAUGUAGUUGCAUGUCAAAGUAAAGCGUACGUAAUUUGGUAGUUAUCUAAUUUCAGAUUGCUCGCGAUUCAUCAAGGUCGAAAUAUGUUGAUAUGUUGCUUUGGCUCGUUUAUUUUAGAGACGACUCGAUGGUUGCCCGCUUCAGGAAAUAACCACCAAUAGUAUCCUCUCGCGGAAUAAUGGCUGAAUUGAUAAAGUUGAGAAGGAAACUUCCCAAUCAUCUUUCAGGAUUAUUGCAUGCCGUUUCAAUAGUACCUCAUAUCGUCCAGGUUUUAUUGAUUCGGAACGAAGGGGUAUAUUUACAUCUCUCAAUAUGGAACUUUGAGUCGGGAUGCUGGAUAUUUAUAUCACGUGGCCAGGAAGCCCUACCUCAGGAGAGGAACGAAUCGGCCACCAGUGGACCUCUCAACCUCCUUUGGCUAGGGACAGACCUCUGUGUGCUAGGAAGAAGCGGAGUACGCUGCCAUACAAAGAUUUCCCCGACAUUUCUGGAAGCAUCCCCGAAAAUGAUUCGGACAUGUUCAUGUAUCUCUUCGGAAUUCCGAAAGAAAAGUUCGGUGCCAGGUUCGGCAUAUCGGAUAAGGAUAUGUGUUGAAAUGCGUUGCUUAACAGUAUAUAUAGCAUUCCUUAGAGCAUCAAGUUGAUAUAUUACACUGCAGUCUCUACAUACCUGAACUGGAAUGACAAGGAGGUGAUACACUUGUUGAGCGGGAUUGGUAUAAACUUCCGGAACCGUACUACUACCUCCGUUUGUCGGCAUCAUUAACGAUAAUUCUUGAUUUUUCAUUCUUUUCUUUUAAUCCCCGAAUCAUGGCCGAUGCCUUCACUUCGGUGCCAGUCAAACCGACCUUGAGCAAUUAUUGGUGGGCGGCAAGGAACCCACCAGCCGAUCCCAAAACAUCCUUUGCUGGUAAAACCGUCCUUAUUACCGGGGCGAAUGUGGGUCUUGGAUUCGAAGCCGCGAUAAAAUUUGCAGCCUUAGGUGCAUCAAACCUUAUCCUCGGUGUCCGUUCGUUGCCAAAAGGGGAGCAGGCCAAGGCGAAGAUCGAAGCCAGGACAGGUUGCAGCGCGGGCGUCAUACAAUUAAUCGAGCUGGAUAUGUCCAGGUAUCAAUCUAUUGAAAAAUUCUUUCAGCAGGUUAAUAGAAGAUUUACCGUUGUACAUGCCGCUGUCCUGAAUGCCGGCGUUUUCCAACGAUCCUACGAGCUGAGCACGGAGGGCUGGGAAAUGUCGAUCCAAGUCAACGCCAUAUCGACGGCUUACUUGGGGAUCCUUCUCCUCCCUAAACUGCGUGAAACAGGUUUAUCCACCGGUAGGGCGGCACAUCUUGAGAUCGUUGCUAGUUGCGCCCAAGGGGAUGCAAAUGUGAAGAACGUCCGCGAUCCUUCAAGCAUUCUUCAGAAGAUAAACGACCCAAAACACUUCGGUAUCGGCAGCCAAUACAGCAUCUCCAAAUUACUUGCCAUGUGGGUAACUACUCACAUUGCAGCCGAAGUACCCGUCGAGCAAGUGAUCGUGAGCGCAUGUUGCCCCAGUAUGUGUAAGUCAAAUCUGACCGACAAUUGGGGCUUCGUGUUACAUGGUAUAGACACCUUUUCUAGGUCUAUAUUGGGUAGGACAACAGAAGAAGGUAGUCGGACUCUUGUUAGUGGGACCUUACUUGGGCCUGAAGGGCAUGGUGGGUUCUGGACUCAUGAUAGAAUUGCCAAGCCGGCUGCACUUGUUGUCUCGGAUGAGGGAAAAAAGUUAGGAACCCAGUGCUGGAAGGAAAUUCUUAACUUGCUGCGAAGGCAAAACCCUGAGGUCGAUUUGAUCCUCAAGGGCUGAGGGUGGCGGGCGUUGGGAACAAAAGUCUUUCUUUGGAAAUAAGAAGGAAACUAGGAUAUUUAUGCACAACAAUGCGUUGGACAGGUUUGAAAAUUCCAUGUAUGUUUUCAGAGUGUAAUCACUUUAUUAUGACAAAUGCAGUCAUUUUAUUUGUAGAUUUGCAUACAGAAUGAUAGCCAACAGGUAGCUUCCUGAGAUUUAUGAAAGGCGGUGUUUGACAUGUUAAGAGGAGCGGGUUGUGACCUAGAUUCCCAAGCUCCCCUUUCUAGAUGUUAGUAGCAAUAAUUAGCACACCUUUCUGGAUGAAGGUUAUUAUAAGUUUGAUGUGUCAUAAAGGGGGAAAAGGUCUAUUUAGUUGCUUGUAUGUUCUAUCGCAGUUUCUUCUCGAUGAUAGAAAACAAUUCGCGAACUGGUUUCAUACCAGCCUCAUUGUCUUCCAACAAGGCUACUCCAUCUUGCUUCAACAGCGUUUCCAGUAAAGAUUGAGCC